CGACUGGCGAGCUGCUCGCGCACAACCGCGAGGUGGGUUCAGACAGCAGCGCGAGCGAUGCGAGACGAGGGUUGCGUGGAAAACAGACUAGCAUAAACAACAAAAAACACCGAACCCUCCCUCGGCCGAGUAUCUUGUUUUUCCAGCGGCGUGAAAAUAAAGAAACCCACGGAGCAGCGAGCAUGUCGGUGCUAGCGCUGCAAGAGUACGAAUUCGAGAGACAGUUCAACGAGGACGAAGCCAUCCGAUGGAUGCAGGAGAACUGGAAGAAGUCGUUUCUCUUCUCUGCACUCUACGUUGCCUUCAUCCUCGGUGGCCGCCAUGUCAUGAAACAGAGGGAGAAGUUUGAGUUGAGGAAACCGCUGGUGCUCUGGUCGCUCACGCUGGCUCUAUUCAGCAUAUUUGGUGCCAUCCGCACCGGGAGUUUCAUGAUGUACAUCCUGAUGACCAAAGGGCUGAAACAGUCCGUUUGUGACCAGAGCUUUUACAACGGGCCCGUCAGCAAGUUCUGGGCAUACGCCUUCGUACUUAGCAAAGCACCAGAACUGGGCGACACUUUCUUCAUCGUCCUGAGGAAACAGAAGCUCAUCUUCCUCCACUGGUACCACCACAUCACCGUGCUGCUCUACUCCUGGUACUCCUACAAAGACAUGGUGGCCGGCGGCGGGUGGUUCAUGACCAUGAACUACUUGGUCCACGCCGUCAUGUACUCUUAUUACGCCCUGCGGGCGGCCGGCUUCAAGGUGUCGCGCAAGUUCGCCAUGUUCAUCACCCUGACCCAGAUCACCCAGAUGCUGAUGGGCUGCGUGGUCAACUACCUGGUGUACUCGUGGAUGCAGCAGGGCCAGGAGUGUCCAUCCCACAUGCAGAACAUUGUGUGGUCCUCCCUCAUGUACCUCAGCUACUUUGUGCUCUUUGUCCAGUUCUUCUACGAGGCCUACUUUGGCAAGUCCAAAUUAACGGCCUCGGCCGUCGCCAAGAAGAGUGAGUAAAGAAACGCCACGAGUACAGGAAGAGGGGCGAUAAUGACGACAAAGGGAUGAGCAGGGACCAGUGACUUGAGAUAUACUGUUUUGCGGUGAGGGGGGUUUGUUGGAAUGAAAGACGGGUGAUGCAGAGGUGGGGGUGGGGUGGUGGGGGGGCGGGAGGGUCAAGAGGAUGGCCGGUGUUUGUGCUUGAGCAUUGCUUCUAAUCUUAAACGCCUCAAUGGACGAGUCGUCUCCGUUAAGGGACGCCGAAGGAAGCGGCGGCGCCAUGAUCAGAACCCAUCGGUGACUUGACCACCUGAAGUUUAAAAUCUCUCUUUUUUUUUUUUAUAACCUAAUUAAAAUAUAACCACCCCCAAAAAAAAAAAUUAUAUAUAUAUAUAUACAUCCCAUCUGCCACAAGCAUAUGUUUACUUAGUAUUAAACAAAUAGAUAAAUUGGUGCAUAUGAAGAUGGACGGAGUCGACGUCAAUCCGAGUGUUUUUUUUGUCCGUCUGUUGUCAGUGUUGUUUCGUUUUUGAUCCGUCGAAGAAUAAGUUUGAAACGCUGGUGAGAGUUGGUGGUUGAUGAGAACUGACGGGGUGAGCGGCACUGUAUCUUCUGUGUCUUACGUUGCAAAAUGCGAUAUUUUCUCAGGUCUUAGGUUAUCUCUUUCUUAAUAUAUAACGUGCAUAUCGAGACAAAGUAGACAUGUUUAACAUCAGCACCGGUUUAGAGUAUGGAAAUUGACCCCGUAUGGCCGUUUAGUUGAGAAAAGUGUGAAUGAAGCUGAUUGGACUGACCGCCUCAGACCAUCACUCUGCUGCUAGGCAUGAUGGGAAACGGAUGCUGACGGUGCCCUGCAUCACCGCUCGUCAUGACCUCGCAGAAGUUGCCGAACACACUUGGAAAAUGACUUGCCGUUGAUUUCCAAACGCAUCUCCGUGCUGAAGGGGAAGAAAACGUGUCCGUUAGACACUGAAGGCUUAAAUGGAGGACACAAAUAUUUGUUUAGCAAAAGGAGAAGAAGAAAGUUGCAAAUUGUCGAAAUCUGCUGUA